AUGGCCGAGAAUUUUUAUGGGAUCUGGAUGAUGAUUAAUGAUGAAAACUAUGAAGAGUACCUCAAGGAAUUGGGUGUUCGCUCUGAUCUCCGUAAGGCUUUAGUAUCCCUCAGGGUGAAACCUAAAUCGGAAGUCACCAUCUCCAAGGAUGCCAACGGAAUCGUCACGAUUAGGUCGCAGAGGACCAACAUCAAGUUCAAGAUCAACGAAGAGUUUGACGAGACCACCGGUGACGACCGGAAGACUAAGAAUGUGGUGUCCCCGGACAACGGUCGGCUGGUGCAGAGGCAGACGUGGGACGGCAAGGAGACGACCAUCGAGAGAGAGGUGGUGGACAACAAGUUGAUCGUGAAAUACAGGAUGGGAGACGUGGUUGCCGUGAGAACCUAUGUGAGGGAGGCGUGAGCCUGUGGAGGAUCCAGGAUGUGAAGACCCAAGUCUCGGACCAGAGGGCCCGGAGAGACCGCCAGUUUUCCUCGUCUUCACCAUGUGGA